AACUGCAUUCUGCAUGGCAGAGGACAGAUUCAGGGCAGUCUCAGCAAUACAGCUUUGGAAGCCUUGUAACUUACAAGUGGUUUUAUUGUUAGUUAGAAAUUGACAUUGAGGAUUAGUAGCAGGUGGACUUGUUUCUGGCUACCAUAAAUGCUCAUUCUGUUUUAGGCUGCAGUCUGGAUUUUUGUUAGUUGUUAACUGGUGACAUUCUCUCCUCUCUCCUGAUGUCGUUAAUCCUUCUUCCAGUUGUAACCUUCCAACCAAUGGAAACUAUUAUAUUACCUGCUAGUGCAGCAAUUGAAAGUUUUCAGCAAUAUUCAGAGCUUUAUGCUUAUGAAUCUAUAAUCAUAGUUUUGAGGGUAAAAAGACAUGACCUGUGUGCAUUUGUGGAUCCACAACUGUAUCUAUCCGUGUCAAGUUUGUUGGUUGGAAAGUUCCUCUGCUUCUUGUUUGUUCUGCAUCUUUGGGAGGAUGUGUGGAGGAACCUUUUUUUUUCUCAACUGCCUGUGUCCGACUGAACGUUUUUGCCCCCUGCAAACUGAAUUAUGGGCUGCUGAAGGAGGAACCAGAAUGAUGAAAUAUGGAAUUUUUUGUCCCCAGAGUGAAGGAACCAGAAAAUCCAGCAUUUUCUAUACAAUCUCUCAAGUCAAGGAAACAUAAGAUAUGCCUGGUUAUGGUAUUUCUUUGCCCUACCAAAGGAUGAACAUUGUUAAUAUGGUUGGAUUCUUGAUGGUUCAAUUUUGUGGCAGCCAGGUGCAGGUUGAUUUGAUAUUUAAACUACCAUCUCUGAUAAUCUGUGCGCUAUUUGAUAACCUAAAUGGCAAAAUAGUCGUAUUCAGUAGGAAGACUAGAAGUAAUGACCACUUUAAUUGGGAUAUUAUUAAUGUAUCAGGGAUAAAUUGAUGCGUUUAAGAGUUUUGGCUGCUAUAUAACAGGUCAUUGUGGGACUGUUAUCUCAGAUACUGUGGGAAAGUGAGAUUCAAAGUUGACUACUUUGUUAGGUUGUCAGAUAUGGUUUGCAGAUUCUUCUGUUUCCUUUAAGAACUCUUUGAAAUAUCAAAUACGUUGAGAUGCCUUAGCCAUUUCAUAAUAACAACGUGAAAGUCAUGCUGGAAAGAGAUACAGGUCGUCCACGUGGAUUUGGGUUCAUCACAUUUGCAGAUCGUCGGGCCAUGGAUGAUGCUAUCAGGGAGAUGCAUGGACGGGAAUUUGGUGAUCGUGUCAUCUCAGUGAACAAGGCUCAACCUAAAAUGGGAGGAGAUGAUUUAGAUCAUGGCUACAGGGGUAGCUACUCAACGUCAGGUGGCAGAGGUGGAGGUUAUGGGGGAGACAGGCCUCUUGGGCAAGAUGAAUGCUUCAAGUGUGGGCGCCUAGGACACUGGGCCCGGGACUGCCCUUCAAGUGGUGGUCGUGGUGCGGGUGGAGGAUCAUUCUCUUCUCGUUCUAGGUUCCCUGCUGGUGACCGCAGCGACCGCUUUGGUAGUGAUCGUGAUCGGUACAUGGAUGAUCGCUAUGAUGGAGGACGAUAUGGUGAUAGGGACCGUUUUGAUGCCAGAGACAAAUAUGGGAACCGUGAUCGCUAUGCUAAUGACAGGUACCCUCCAAGUGGAGAUCGCUUUGGGAGUGAGAGAUAUGGUGGUUCAGAUCGUUAUGCUCACAAUGGUUAUGGAAAAGACAGAGCCUACGACAGGGAUGGUAUCGGAAGAGGGGGCAAUGAUAGGUACGCAAGUGGAGGGCCUGCACGAAAUGAUAGGGGCUAUAGGAACAGACCAGUUCCAUACGACAGGCCUAGCAGGGGAGGGCACCCGUCCUCCUUUGAGCGCUAUUAGUCAGUUUGUUGGAUGAUUAGCGUAAUGAAACUUGUAGAUUUUAUGCCCAUAGGCCAGUAAGUCGGUUUUGCGACAACUUACAUGUAGGAUGGUACGAAUUUCUUCCAGUUUGAAACUUCUUUUCUAGGAUGAUGCUAGAUGCUAUGAUGGCCAGACUUGAUGGUUUCAGUUUUUAUUAUAUUUUCGCUUGGUUUCCCUUUGCA